UGUGUGUGUGUGUGUGUGUGUGUGCGCGCGCGCGUAGACAGUCGGUCGCGGAACGGGAGCACGAGCGGAUACACUGAAAUUGCUACAGAAAUGGACGGCAUCAGCGACGUUACAGUUGGAGUGAAGAGACGAGCUGAUGAGCUGAGUAUGUACAACAGUCCUAACUCUGACAUGAGCAGCAUGAGCGAUGGCGCUUCUAACGGCAGUGACAGUAAGAAGCUAAAGAUGGAUGAGGCUCCACCAUCACGUGUGCUUCACAUACGGAAACUGCCCAGUGAGGCCUCAGACGCAGAAGUCAUCGCUCUCGGAUUACCAUUUGGCAAAGUCACUAACAUCCUUAUUCUCAAAGGAAAGAACCAGGCUUUCUUGGAGAUGGGGACAGAGGAYGCGGCCAUCACAAUGGUUAACUACUACGCCACAGUUCCUCCUCUCAUCCGCAGUGUCCCUGUCUAUAUCCAGUUCUCCACUCACAAAGAGCUGAAAACUGAUGCAAGCAUCCAGAGGACUCAGGCGGUGCUGCAGGCAGCGUCAGCAAUCCAGGCACCCAGCUCCGAUGUACAGGAAGUUCUGAAUGUAGCUCCAAGUCCUGUGCUGAGGAUCAUCAUUGACAACCUGUUCUACCCUGUAACGCUGGAUGUGCUGCAACAGAUUUUCUCCAAGUUUGGCACAGUUAUGAAGAUAAUCACAUUCACCAAGAACAAUCAGUUUCAGGCUCUACUACAGUACAGUGACCCUGCCCAUGCACAGCAUGCCAAGCUGGCACUGGAUAGUCAGAACAUCUACAAUUCUUGUUGCACACUGCGCAUCGACUUUUCCAAGCUGGUCAACCUGAAUGUUAAGUACAACAAUGAUAAAAGUCGUGACUACACACGUCCUGAGCUGCCAACUGGUGAUGGGCAACCCAGCCUGGACCCCAUGAUGACUGCUGCCCUCGGCAAAGACAGUUCCCUCCUCGGUAAGAUCCCAGGAGCCUUAAGUCCUCUGAGUGCCGCAGCAGCUGUAGCUGCUGCUGCAGGAAGGGUGGCCCUCUCUGGACAGCCAGGAUCCAGCGGGGUCCUACUAGUAAGCAACCUCAAUGAGGAGAUGGUUACGCCCCAAAGUCUGUUUACCCUCUUCGGAGUAUACGGUGAUGUCCAGAGGGUGAAAAUUCUUUACAAUAAGAAGGACAGCGCUCUCAUCCAGAUGUCAGAUUCUAAUCAGGCCCAACUAGCAAUGAGCCACCUGAACGGACAGAAGAUGAAUGGGAAAAUAAUAAGGGUGACGCUGUCCAAGCAUCAGACAGUGGCUCUGCCUCGAGACGGGCUGGAUYACCAAGGUCUGACCAAGGAUUAUUCCAACUCCCCACUUCAUCGCUUCAAGAAACCUGGAUCCAAGAACUUUCAGAACAUCUUUCCACCUUCGGCCACUCUUCAUCUGUCCAACAUCCCGCAGAAUGCGACGGAGGAAGACCUGCAGCUGCUCUUCUCCAACACCGGGGCCACAGUGAAAGCAUUCAAGUUUUUCCAGGACCGUAAAAUGGCUCUGAUCCAGAUGUCAACAGUGGAGGAGGCCAUCCAGGCUCUGAUUGACCUUCAUAACUACAACAUGGGAGGAAACCAGCARCUGAGGGUUUCCUUCUCCAAGUCCACCAUUUAAAACUGGAACCAACAGACUCUAAGCUGGGGGGGACCACAUACAUGAAUUCUGUUUUCUAUGAGUUUGGUGCUCUGUCAUUCCUUCAGAGACAAUAAAACCUUUGAUUUGCUUUUUUUUUAAAAGAGAAUAUUUCUGAAUGUUUCCAUGUUUUAAAUGUACCUCCAUAUUUGUAUGUUGAGCAGAAUGUUGACACGAUUGAUUGUCCCCCUUGCAUUCAAUAUAUUGUUUCAUUAAUUUAGUUCAAGAAAAACUUAUGUGCCUUACUUGUUGGUCAACAGUUUUCACAGCUGGACYUGCUCAGUCAUGGAGCUGCAGAUAAAAUAUUUGUAACGGAAGUUGUUUGGAGUUAAGAGAAAACUUUGUUUGACUUGAUUCUGGUUUCUGAAGGUCUUUAGUUGAGCAGAAUAUUCCUGAGUUAACAUAUUUGAGAUGUUAAAACAGCCAGUGACGGAUAGGUUGGAAGGAUAGUUCAUCCAUAUUAAAGGUUUCUGAGUAUAAAUCAUAAAUAUCUUACCUGUUGUGGAUUUACUUUUUGAAUGAGUCAUCAGUCCCAGAAACUUUAAAGAUUGAUGAGUUGUGUUUUGUUGAUCUAGAAAUCAGAUCUGACAGGAAAUCCUUAAUAUUUUGYCCAAAAUAACUGGAUUGCUAACUGACAGUUCUGUAAAGGUUUUGUCCAAAUUGAACUAUUCAAAAAGCUAUCGACAACAGUUAAGAUAUAACUUUUACUCAGAAGUUUACUUUAAAAUGGCUGAACUAUUCUUUAUCUUGAACCUUUUUUUUUUUUUUUACAGAGAGGCUUAUUUUAAAGUUCUACUCACAAACUUAUUUUUCCAAUCUGAGCUUUCAGAACCUGAUUUUUCUUUUUGAAUAUUUGAAGUGUUUUUCAUAGCUGUAAGGUGCGGUCUGUUUUUUAGGAAUGCUGUGAUGGGAUGUCUCAAAAUAUUGCAUGCUGUGGAAGAAGUUUKAGUGUCCCACUGUGAUUUUAUUGUCCUGUGGCUGUUUACACAGGAGGGCUACUCAGUUGGACCAAAGUUUUUGUGCCUUUAGUGACUCUGGAAUUUAUUUAAAUUUUGAGGGAAAGAUCAAGAAAACCUUUUUUUAAAAAACUUUAUAGCCAAACUUUGAGUAAACAGGCUUGGGAUUUUUACAAGAUACUACUUGUGUUUUUUAAGAUCUAAAAGAACACUUUGUAAGAAACUGGUAUUUAUUUAUUUUUUCRUGCAGCUCAAGAUUGUAUAUUUGUUCCGGUGGGCAUCAUUGGGUUCUUUCCAAACACAUAGCAGUGAAACAUGGUUUCCUGCUUUUGACUUUCCCUUCUAAUACUGUCUCGUGUACUUUUGUGUUAGUUCUGUAGCAUGCUAAAUAAAAUCCUACUGUAGCUCUGCAGUUA